GUCACAGAAAACCUUGUCUUCUCCUCCCGCCCUACACAAAAGUUACCGAUCGAUAAUAACAAUCUAUUUACAUCAGCCGGCCGGUAAUAUAUAUCAUCAAUCACUUGCAAUUCUCUCCAUCCCGGCGGGCUCCAAGCUGUUAGCUUCACCAUUCACCAAACAGUGGUUCCUCCAAUGGAUCUCGCUCUCCUCCUAGCGCUCAUGGCCAUCGUCAUCCCAGUGCUCCUCCAUCUCCUGACGAGAGCCAGCAAGCCACGGCCGGGCACGGCCAAGCUGCCCCCCGGCUCCCUGGGCCUGCCGGUGAUCGGCCAGAGCCUCGACCUCCUCCGUGCCAUGCGCGCCAACACCGCCGAGCAGUGGAUUCAGGCCCGCGUCGACCGGUACGGCCCGGUGUCCAAGCUGUCGCUCUUCGGCAUCCCCACGGUGCUGCUCACGGGGUCCAAGGGCAACAAGUUCCUCUUCUUCAACCCCUCGCUGGCGUCGCAGCAGCCCCAGUCCGCGCAGCGGAUAAUCGGGGAGAGGAACAUCCUCGAGCUCAUGGGCGCCGACCACAAGCGCGUCCGCGGCGCGCUCCUCGAGUUCCUCAAGCCGGACAUGCUCAGGCUGUACGUGGGCAAGAUCGACGACGAGGUGCGCCGCCACCUCGACGAGAACUGGGCCGGCCGCCGGACCGUCACGGUCAUGCCCCUCAUGAAGAAGCUCACCUUCGACAUCAUCUCCCUGCUGCUCUUCGGCCUCGAGGGAGGCGCCGUCCGGGACGGCCUCAACCGCGACUUCGACCACGUCAUGGAUGGCAUGUGGUCCGUCCCCGUGGACCUGCCGUUCACGGCGUUCCGCCGGAGCCUCAAGGCCAGCGCCAGUGCUCGCCGGGUGCUCGCCGGGAUCACGCGGGAGACCAAGGCCAAGCUGCAGCGGGGCGAGGCCUCCCGGAACAGCGACCUCAUCGCGUGCCUGCUCAGCUUGACCGACGACAGCGGCGCGCCGCUGCUGAGCGAGGAGGAGAUCGUGGACAACGCCAUGCUCUCCCUCAUCGCCGGCCACGACACGUCCUCCAUCCUUCUCACCUUCCUGAUCCGCCACCUCGCCAACGAUCCUGACACGCUCGCCGCCAUGGUCCACGAGCACGAGGAGGUCGCCAAGAGCAAGGGCGACGGCGAGGCCCUGACCUGGGAGGACCUGAUGAAGUUGAAGCUCACGUGGCGCGCCGCGCAGGAGAUGCUCCGCCUGGUGCCCCCGGUCCUCGGCACCUUCAGGAGAGCCACCGAAGACCUCGAGUUCGACGGCUACCUCAUCCCCAAAGGGUGGCAGGUGAUGUGGAUGGCGCCCACGACGCACAAGGACGGGAGCAUCUUCCCCGAGCCGGACAAAUUCAACCCGUCCCGGUUCGAGAACCAGGCGGCGUCGGUGGUGCCGCAGUGCUCGUUCGUCGCCUUCGGCGGCGGCCCGAGGAUCUGCGUUGGCAUGGAGUUCGCCAGGAUCGAGACGCUGGUGGCGAUGCAUUACCUGGUGAGGCGCUUCAGGUGGAAGCUCUGCUGCAAGGAGAACACCUUCGUCAGGGACCCCGCGCCGUCGCCGCUGCACGGCCUGCCGAUAGAACUUGAGCCCAAGGCAGCAUCGCCAUGAUCAUAUACGAUAUAUCGAUCGUGACAAGAUAAUAAUAUACUCCCACUUCAACGAUACGUACCUAUGUUGAUUCCUCACCACAUAUCCAUAUGCAUGGUCUGGUGUACGCGCGCAUGUAAUUGUGUCUGUCUGUAUUUUGUUAUUGUGAAGGCACAUUUCAAAAUAAAUACUCAUAUGCUUGGAUGGUC